CACCCCUCAUCCAGCGAUGGUGAAAGAACGGAAACAGUGCUGUCCCCACACUAGGAUCCUUAAAGAAGUCUUCACCCCAGGCCUACAGGAGCCAGUUUGAAGAUUAACUGUAGGUGGACAAGUAACCUCAUCUGCCUGGCGAGGCGGCACCCGCCCAGGUGAAACACACGUCAACAAAGGCCUCCUAGACUUGAGGACCUGAAUGGGGGCGUCCGCGCUUUCUGUUCCUGACAUUUGGGAACCUAGCGUGUGGCGGUGCCAGAGGUAGGCCAUUGCUGUGCCCUGGGUACCGGCUGCCUUUCUGAACUCUGAAGCGUCACACACAGGGGGUCACAAAGUGCUCACACUCAUGUUACGGAGCAGAUGCUGGUAACACCCCGGGGGGGACAAGCCCGGGCGUGUGCCCUCGUGAAGCGCAGGGGUGGUCGUGCAGCAGAGCGCUGCGGCUGUGCCUCACACAGGGCCUGUUCCUGCAUCCGAACGCGAAAGUAGCUCGUUAAAGAUUAAAGGGACUGCCCGGUCCUUCUGGUCCCGAGAUGGAACGAUUCCUGCUGUGGCAACGGCUUUCGUCUCCCAGGAGAGGCCAUUGUAUACAGCAGGUUUGUGCUUCCAAGUGGUACCGCGAGCCCGCGGUGGCUGAUGCUGCCGUGAUAAGUUGGCAUCGGGGGACUCUGAAGACACGUGAGCUGUGCGGCCUCCCCCGGUUUGCAUUUGCGGGCAAGACCGCCUCCCCAGGCGUUCAGCAGCCUCCGCCCUCAGCCCCUGUCUUUGGGAGGUUUUCUCCUUUGUGUUAUUUGAUUAUUCUGUUGAGUCAAGUGAACUUUAAUCUUCGCAGCCGUAAAAAUCCCACGAGCCCCUGUGCUGCGCCUCAGCUGCGAAGACGUCUCAGGAUAACAGGACUGCAGGUUCCAUGCUCGUCUUUACUGUGUGGCCUUGUGCAUUGCUUCCCGUCACAGCGCCGGGACUUAUCGUCCUCUGCAGCGGUGUUGCUGGGAGUGUGGUCCGUGAGAUAAUGGCGGUGGCCUGUUGUAAAGGCGGCACCAUUCACUUUGCCUGAAAGCCACUGCUGUUGGUGCCUGAGAUGAUCUCAUCUGAAUGUUGCUCCAAGGACUUCAGCCGCGGGAACUGGAGGCAGCUUGCUUUCUGUCUUGGCAAUGUUUUGAAACAGGCAAAAUCAGAUUUUAUCAUGUGGGCAACCUGCUGCAACUGGUUCUGCCUGGAUGGACAGCCUGAGGAGGCCCCACCAUCCCAGGGGGCGCGGGCGCAGGCCUAUUCCAACCCCGGGUACAGCUCCUUCCCUUCUCCAACAGGCGCAGAACCAAGCUGCAAGGCCUGUGGGGCCCACUUCGCAAACAUGGCCAGGAAGCAGACCUGCCUGGACUGUAAGAAAAACUUCUGCGCGACCUGUUCCAGCCAAGUGGGGACCGGGCCCCGGCUCUGCCUUCUCUGCCAGCGAUUCCAAGCAACAGCCUUUCAGCGGGAGGAGCUCAUGAAGAUGAAGGUGAAGGACCUGAGAGACUACCUCAACCUCCAUGACAUCUCCACGGAGACGUGCCGGGAGAAGGAGGAGCUCGUGUUCUUGGUGCUCGGCCAGCAGCCCGUGACCCCCCAGGAGGGCAGGACUCGAGCCCCGGCCUCCCCCGGGGACUUCCCGGAGCAGCAGGCCUUCCUGGGCCAGCCCCGCUCCAGCGCGGGUCCGCCUACCUCACCCGGCCUCCCUUCUCCGCCCACACAGGCCGCCCCUGCCCCCGCGGCCCAGGCUCAGGAACACCGGCAGGCCAGCGGCCAUGUGUCUCAGGAUCAAGGAGAACCCGUAUACCUGGAGAGCGCAGCCAGAGCGCCCGCUGAGGACGAGACCCAGUCCGUGGACUCGGAGGACAGCUCCGUCCCGGGCCGGAGGGCGUCUCUGUCUGACCUGACCGACCUGGAAGACAUCGAAGGCCUGACUGUGCGGCAGCUGAAAGAGAUCCUGGCUCGCAACUUCGUCAACUACAAGGGCUGCUGCGAGAAAUGGGAGCUGAUGGAGAGGGUCACGCGGCUGUACAAGGAUCAAAAGGGCCUCCAGCACCUGGUGUGCGGUGCCGAAGACCAGAACGGGGGCGUGGCGCCGCCCAGCCUGGAGGAGAACCUGUGCCGGAUCUGCAUGGACUCGCCCAUCGACUGCGUCCUGCUGGAGUGCGGCCACAUGGUCACCUGUACCAAGUGCGGCAAGCGCAUGAACGAGUGUCCCAUCUGCCGGCAGUACGUGAUCCGGGCCGUGCACGUCUUCCGGUCCUGAGGGCUCGUACUGGCUUCUUCAGUGCCUUACAGGGACACGGCGUGCAGUGUCUGGGCUCAGGGCUGGCGGGAGUAUCUGCAUUGUUCCCAAGGCCAGGUCAAGCAGAGAGACUGUGUCACCUCUGGGCACACCUGCCUUGCCAUGGAGGUGCGCCUCUUGGCUGGUGGGGCCCGAGGCGGUGCGAACUGGUACAGAUCGCUUGGGCAAGUCCCCGUUUCUCUGGUCUUGGGUGACGAUGGUAACUGAUGAAGAGAGAAGACUUUCCAGAACUCGGAUCAUAUCUUCCUCCCUCCCCCCUGUACCCCACCCAGCCCCCUGAGCUGCUUGUCUGUGUUUCACCAAUCAGAAGUCCUGGUAGAAAUGGUUCUCUUCCUCCCCAGCACAUUUGGGUUUAUUUCUGGUUUCAUGGGCUUUCUCGCUUUAACCGACCUUUGCUAAAGUUUCUUGCUGCGUCGCCUAAAAUCCAUUUGUCUCUUCAGACCAAAAAGGUGUUAGCUUGUCAGCCCCAGAACGAUCCUCCCUAGGACAGAGUUUGGACCAGCCGAGUUCUCUCUGGUGAGGAAUGAAACACAAAUGCUAUUCAAAGGCAUUAAAAGUUGCUUCCUUCAGUGUUUGGGUGAGAAGCUCUCAGUCUCCUAACCUGACCUUGGGAGCCCACAAAGCCUCUGGCCCCUGACAGCUGGGAAGUCCCGUGUCUGUGCGUGAGAUGGUGCGUGGCCCUCUCUGCUUGCUCCCUGGGGGCCCGCCUUAGUACCCUCCCUGAUUCUAGUUCGAAAGCAAAGGAAAAGCGUUGGGUGGAAGCGAUGGCUUUGUGUAAUGUGGACUUCUCCAACAGGCAGGAGUUUUCAGCCACUGUCCCCUGAGGGUGGAGUCCCUGUCCCGCGGACGUGUAGACAUGCUCUCACUCAGGGCCUGGCACUGAGGCAAAGGACCUGGCUCUUCUGCCAGACUCCUGAGUUCCCGGAGACCCAAUGUGGGAGACACGGAGAACCUGAGACACAUCGGAAGGUGCUAAAUGAGUUGGUUCCAGCCCUCGAGCAGACAGCUGGAAGUCCUAAUUCCCCAGGCUGGUCGGGACUCGCACUCCUCUUUCCCAGCCUGCUCGUUUGGGGCCAGGCGAGGAGGACGCACUCUCCAGGCUCUUUAGGGAUGACCAUGCAGCGAGCAGGUCGUGUUCCGGAGCCCGUUCGGAUCUUCACACCACCGGGGAGCCAGAGGGCCAGGGAGCAGUUUGCUCGGAGGGCUUGGCCGAGCACAGUGUACAUGCUGUCGGAGAGCUGCUCACGCUGCCGCUACCCGGGGACGAACUAGGCCCCCCCUAAACACCAGGGGGCCUUGGCAGGACCCCUGCCCCGACCCCAUGCAGCCAAGGUCACCAGUCAUGACUCUGCAAAGCAGUGGGAAGACCUCCGAGAGGACCUGUUUAUCUGUACAGACGUGUUUGUGCUUUCCCUCCACUGUCAAGUCCGAGUCUCCCUUUGGGGAAACCGAAUUCCAUCAAGUAGUUGUCAGCUCAACCCUGGGCCACCUACCUCGCCGCCAUACCAAGUGCUGGAUGAUUUUAUUUCUUUAUAGAAACGGGGAGAAUCACGAUUCCUGGUGAAGACGUUUUCCUGCUGGGCGGUAAAUGCCGUAGUUGGUGGCGCCCACCAGGUUAGCAAAGGGUUCAGCUGCUCCUCAGUCCCACUGUGAAACAGGCCCGUGCACCUCCUUAAGAUCUAGCAAGAACUUCAGGGUGGAAGCAGCUCUCUCCCCACUUCAGAUCUGCUUUCUCCGUGAAGGCCUUCCCUCUCCCCACUUCCCCGUUUUCCUCCUAAUCGUGAGUCAAAAGUCGUAUCCUAAUGGUUGGCUAGUAACCUCGGUAAGAAUUAGAACCGCUACCAUUUACUCAUUUGGGAGAAAGAAUGUGCCUUUAAGUCCUCUAACCUCUUGGUGAAGGUUUUCUUUUAAGAAAAAAGGUGUCUUAGGAACCCCGGGUGUUUUUGGGUUUUUUUUGGUAUCUUCAUUACACCAAAAAAGAAGUUGGAAAUUCCAAGAUCUCGUUUCAGUUACUAUCUGACCUUAGGUAGAACACUUGAUUUUUAUCCUUGAAUGCUCCUUCCUGCCCCUCAUGGGUCUUUGAUCUUUAUUAUCAUGGAAACAUCCAAUUCCUCCAAUUAUUCCUUGGCUUUUGCUGUGAUUGUCCAGAAACGUUGGUUGAGACUUUUUAACGAAGCUUGAAGAGCUGACUGUUUCGUGAUGUUGGAAUAUUUGGAUCCAAACUGGUGAGAAUAAGCUGUACAGGAAUUAGGGCUCCAUACAUGCUGUAUACAUUUGUUGAAAUUUUUUGGGUGUGAAUGUGUUACUACAGGUGGCUUAUACUGAUUCUCAGACGUGGGUGUUUAAACAGACCCAGAUGUGUAUUUUUUUGUCACACAACCCUGCUUUAUAAUUUUGUAAUAAAGUUUCUGUGCAGAUGCC